AUGACUUGGGCGACGCAAAUCAUCGUCGGGGAGUCAUUACAUCAGUGUCCAGCAGACGUGGACGACAAGAGCGUGGACGACAAGAGCGCGGACGACAAGAGCGCGGACGACAAAGGGCGCGGACGACAAAGGGCGCGGACGACAAAGGGCGUGGACAACAAGAGCGCGGACGACAAAGAGCGCGGACGAGAAAGAGCGCGGACGACAAAGAGCGCGGACGACAAAGAGCGCGGACGACAAAGAGCGCGGACGACAAAGAGCGCGGACGACAAAGAGCGCGGACGACAAAGAGCGCGGACGACAAAGAGCGCGGACGACAAGAGCGCGGACGACAAGAGCGCGGACGACAAGAGCGCGGACGACAAGAGCGCGGACGACAAGAGCGCGGACGACAAGAGCGCGGACGACAAAGAGCGCGGACGACAAGAGCGCGGACGACAAGAGCGCGGACGACAAGAGCGCGGACGACAAGAGCGCGGACGACAAAGGGCGCGGACGACAAAGGGCGCGGACGACAAAGAGCGCGGACGACAAAGGGCGCGGACGACAAAGAGCGCGGACGACAAAGAGCGCGGACGACAAAGGGCACGGACGACAAAGGGCGCGGACGACAAAGGGCGCGGACGACAAAGGGCCCGGACGACAAAGGGCGCGGACGACAAAGGGCACGGACGACAAAGGGCACGGACGACAAAGGGCGCGGACGACAAAGGGCACGGACGACAAAGAGCGCGGACGACAAAGGGCACGGACGACAAAGGGCACGGACGACAAAGGGCGCGGACGACAAAGGGCGCGGACGACAAAGGGCACGGACGACAAAGGGCACGGACGACAAAGGGCACGGACGACAAAGGGCACGGACGCCAAAGGGCACGGACGACAAAGGGCGCGGACGACAAAGGGCGCGGACGACAAAGGGCACGGACGACAAAGGGCACGGACGACAAAGGGCACGGACGACAAAGGGCACGGACGGCAAAGGGCACGGACGACAAAGGGCACGGACGACAAAGGGCACGGACGACAAAGGGCACGGACGACAAAGGGCACAUAAUAUAG